AUGAUGGGAGCGCCGCCGUCUCUUUAUGAAUAUUUGAUAAGUGGAGGUCUUGCACAAAUUCUAGUGCAGCUGCUUGAAGAAAAUUUGGACGCGGCACUGCUUGAGCGUACUUUGAACACAACACAGCAUUCACUCCAAGACAGAUCCCGAAAUCGUUUAUACACUAUUGCAUUGUUCCGACGCGUUGGCUUGGUAGAGCAAAUUGCCAAAAUUGCGUUCAACAACUCAACUUUAAAUGAAGUUGAUCCUGCUUCUAAUUUGGCUGCUACAAUUCUGCAACAACAUUUUGGAAUCCAUAUCGGACGGGUGGAAGGGGGCGGAAAUAUUAGAGGAGUUGGGAGAAGGAAUGAAGAAAAUGAGGAAGAUAUUGUAGGCCAAAAUGUUCGCUGUGUAUACGAGGAAUCUGUGGAACUUGCAUCAGCAGCGUCAACAUCGAGAAAUGUAAACCAAAAUUCUUCAGAGGAGCGAAAGUCGAUUUUGGUCAGAAUUAAAAGAAUGGAUGAAACUUGUGAUAAAAAAUAA